AUGGCCCGUUCACUAAUUCUUAUCAGUGCUGCAUUUGCUCGUUGGACACAAAUAGCGCCACUAACUAUCACCGAAGCUCCGUCAAGCACACUACGAGCUGACAUAUACAUCCGCUUCAUGUCAAUGGGCCCUACCGAGGAUGUCUACGCGUUCACAAACAUGAUAGCAGAUGGUCUGGCUCUGUCGUCCGGUCUGAUAAAUAUCACAUUCAAUGACGACUUCGCGUGGAAUGACGACCGGCUCUUCAACUAUACCGCAGUUCACGAAAUCGGCCACGCUCUCGGGUUGAGCCACAGCAAAGUUGAACCAGCUAUCAUGUUUCCCUUCUUCGAGGGCGUCAUUCGCCCCAUCCACCCCGACGACCAAGCUGGCAUCCACAGCGUCUACGGCUGGAAGAACCCACGGUGGAGCAGAAUCGACAGCAACGUCGCGAGUAAGGGCGUCAUCCAGAUCUCGUCUGCUUCUGGUGCGGUCAGCACCCUCGAUGGACUCUACCAGCUGCGAUCCACUGGUCAGAUCCUCCGGUACAAUCCCUCUGGUACCUGGACGUCCGUCGAUAACAAUAAAGACACGAUCCAGAUCUCUGGCUCCAACAACUUCCUCUACCAGCGCCAUACAGAUGGUACGAUCUGGAAGCUCACCGCGGGCAGCUCCACCUGGCAGCAGAUCAGCCCGGCCUCCUCCAACGUCAUCGACAUCUCCGCCGCCGCGGACCAAGUCUAUAUGCGCCGCAAAGACGGCUGGGUCGCGCGAUACUCCGGCUCCGGCCAGACCUGGCUCACCAUCGCGCAGCCUUCCGCGCCCGGCUCCCGCCAGCUCGCCGCUUCUGACUCCGCAACCCUCUGGAACCUGCUCGCCAACGGCGACGUCGUGCGCUCCGAGUACCCCUACACGUCCGACGGGUGGCAAGUUGUCGACUCAAACCCGUCGAACAUCGCGAUCGCCGUUGGCGGGGAGGAGUUCUACAAGCUGCAGAGCGACGGGAGCGUCGUGUGGCUCGACUCGACGGAGUGGUUUUGGCGGACGAUCGAGGAGGGUGGGAGUGUGGCGGUGUACGCGGUCGGGAGCUUUGUGUAUAGUCGGCAUGAGGAUGGGAGUGUGUGGCGGUAUACGGGGUCCCCGGGGGUGUGGGAGAUGCUGGAUGGGCGGGCGGAUGCGGUGGUUGUGGUUGGGGAUCGGAAGGGGGGCGUUUGGGAGAUGGUUAGUGGAGGAGAUAUCUACAGGCUUGUGUCGUAGCGACAGGAAGGGCCGUGCUGUUCCACAGAUUCUUCAGGGGACGCUCGGAGGGUUAUGUUGCUCGUCUCUGUAUCGGCUUCAAGACGUGCCCAAGGUAGUGUGUGCGGAAUCGCAAUGCUCUGGCUUAAGGUAGUAUUGAGUAGUGGUGCGCGCGCCGGCCAAUGGUGCUGGGGAUGGAACCAUGGAUCC